AUGGCCGCUCCCAUUGCUGAGAACAAGCCCGAGGCCACCUCUCCCGCUCCCGCUGCUUCUUCCCCCGCCGCUGGCGACGAUGCCAACAACAACCUUUCCGCCGCUGAGCUCGAUCCCGACGCUACCCUCCUCGUCCGUGCCCUCGUUUCCACCAAGGAAGCUGGUAUCAUCAUCGGCAAAGGUGGUGCUAACGUCGCCGAGCUCCGUGAACAGACCGGUGUCAAGGCUGGUGUCUCCAAGGUCGUCCCUGGUGUUCACGACCGUGUUCUCUCUGUCACCGGUACCCUGGUCGGUAUCUCUGACGCUUUCGCUCUCAUCGCCAAGACCAUCCUUGAGAACCCUCUCAACGCUCCCGUUCAAGCUGAUGGUACUCCUGCCCAGGCUGCUGCUCAGACCAGCUCCGUUCGUCUUCUCAUCUCCCACAACCUCAUGGGCACUGUCAUCGGUCGUCAGGGUUUGAAGAUCAAGCACAUUCAGGAUCUUUCCGGCGCCCGCAUGGUCGCGAGCAAGGAAAUGCUCCCUCAGUCCACCGAGAGGGUUGUUGAGGUUCAGGGUAGUGUCGACGCUAUCCGUGUUGCUGUUCACCAGAUCGCAAGAUGUUUGGCCGAGGACUGCGAUCGUAGCCAGAACGUUGUGCUUUACCAGCCCGGUCAGGGCCAUGGUCCUGGUAUCUUGGCUGCUGGUGGAAUGGGUGGAUUGCAGCAGCAAGGUUCUCGUCGUCAAGGUGGUCCCGCUUAUCUCGCUGGUGCCAUCAACAGCCUCAACCUUGGCAACAACUCCAACUCCAACCAGCCCUCUUCCACCAACAACCGACGUGAAUCCAACUCCAACGGUGCCGCCGCCGCCAACAACAACAACAACAACAACAAUAACAACAACAACAAUAACAACAAUAAUACUUCUCGUCGCCUCGACCCCAACGCAGUCGUCACCCCCGGUGGUGGAUUGGUUGCAGGUGCAACCGCCAACUCUGCCACUGCUGGUGAACCUAAUGCCUCGGCUCCUCCUCUUGUCGACGCUGCCAACCUGCGCACCCAGAACAUCAGCAUUCCUUCGGACAUGGUCGGUUGCAUUAUCGGUAAAGGUGGUAGCAAGAUCACCGAGAUCCGUCGUUUGAGCGGAAGCAGGAUCAGCAUCGCCAAGGUACCUCAUGACGAGACCGGAGAAAGGAUGUUCACUAUUCAGGGAACUCCCGAGGCCAACGAGAAGGCUUUGUUCUUGCUCUACAACCAGCUGGAGACCGAAAAGGAACGUCGUCAGAAGCAGACCUCCACCGUUAACCCUGACGAGGAUACCCAGGCUGCUGCUGCUUCCACUGCCUAA